AUGACCAAAGAAGUUCCCACGGCCACCGCGACCCAGUACAAGCCGGGCGAGGGCACCAUGAAGGCCCUGACCUGGUACGGCACCAAGGACGUUCGGCUUGCUGAACAUGCCAUCCCUACGAUCACCGACCCGGACGACAUCAUCAUCCAGUCGACGGCCGCCACUGUAUGUGGCAGCGACCUGCACCUCUUCCAUGGCAUGAUCCCCAACCUUAAGAAGGGCGAGAUCCUCGGCCACGAGGGCGUCGGCAUCGUCCACCAGGUCGGCGCCAAGGUGGUCGACUUCCGACCUGGCGAUCGUGUCGUCGCCUCGUUUUCCAUCGGCUGUGGCAAGUGUCGCUACUGCAAGGACAACAAGUACAGCAUGUGCGAGGAGACCAACCCCAGCAAGGACAUGCAGGAGCUCUACGGGCAGAAGAUCGGCGGCAUCCUCGGCUACUCACACCUCCUCGGUGGCUACGCCGGCACCCAGGCCGAGUACUUCCGCAUGCCUUUCGGCGAGGUCAACUGCUUCCACCUGCCUCCCGAGGUGCCCGACGAGAAAGCGAUCCUGCUCGCCGAUGUGACACCCACCUCGUACCACGCCGUCGUCGACAUCGACUUCAAGGAAGGCGAGACGGCCGCCAUCUGGGGCGCCGGCCCUAUCGGUCAGCUCAUCGCUCAGUGGCUCGUCCGAGUGUUCGGCGCCAAAAAGGUGAUCAUCAUCGACAACGUCGCCCCUCGUCUGCAGUGGGUCAAGGACCGUCUCAACGUCGAAGUGGUCAACUUUGAUCACACUCCCAAGGUGGCCGAGGAGCUUCUCAAGAAGGUGCCCGGCGGAGUCGACGUCUCUUUCGACGCAGCCGGCUUCCGAUACGCCAAGUCAUUCUACCACAAGGCAAUGCAGUCGCUCAACUUGCAGACGGACACGCCCGAGAACCUCAACGAGGCCAUCCGCGCUACGCGCAAGUUUGGCCGCAUCUCGGUCAUCGCCGACUACGUGGGUCUCUGCAAUGGUUUCCUGAUCGGUGCACUGAUGGAGAAGGGUGUGACGCUCAAGGGCUGCGGCCAGGCUCCGACGCAAGGCUACAUGGAUAAGAUCAUCAACGAGUACGUCGUGACGGGCAAGUUCGAUCCCACACUCAUCUUGACGCACCGUUUCAAGUUCGAGGACAUCGCCAAGGCGUACAAGGCUUUCGACGAGAAGCGCUUCGACGAGAGCAAGGGCAUCCCUUACAUCAAGGCCUUCCUCGAGACGAAGUAUGCUCCGCCUCCUGCAAAAGGUACGCCCGAGCUGAGCGCCGUGCCCGGCUACGAGUAG